AUCCCUCUCUGUCUCCAGCGGGCUGGGCGGGAGGCGGUCGCUGUGGCAACGCGCGGUGCUGCGCAGGGAGGAUGCUGGGCAUGGCUCCCGGACGGGCUGAGCUGCCUGCGGCAGGCCAUGGGCUCCCGUGAAGGAGCAGCCCCAGUGCCCCAGCCUGGCAUCAGCACCCAGAGGGAUGUGGAGCCACAGAGGCAGCGGACCCUGUGACUGACACAACCUCUCCAGCCCACAGCUGAAUGGAAAGGCUGCAGAAGCAACCACUGACCUCCCCUGGGAGCGUCUGCUCCUCCCGCGGCUCCAGCGUCCCGGGAUCGCCCUCCAGCAUCGUGGCCAAAAUGGACAACGAGGUUCUGGGCUACAAGGACCUGGCUGCCAUCCCCAAGGACAAAGCCAUCCUGGACAUUGAGAGGCCUGACCUGAUGAUCUAUGAGCCCCACUUCACCUACUCCCUCAUGGAGCACGUGGAGCUGCCCCGCAGCAGGGAGAGGUCCCUGUCCCCCAAAUCCAUCUCUCCUCCUCCAUCUCCAGAGGUGAUCCGGGAGUGGCUGGAGAGCAGGACCCCCAGCAGCGCCCCCCAGGCCCCCUCCCGCCAGGGCAGCAGCUCCACCCGCAGCAGCGUGCAGCACUUCCACCGGCCCGAGACCGACACCACCGAGCUCAACAUCUACAAGAAGCCUCCAAUCUACAGGCAGAAAGACCACCCCCACCCCGCCGCCCACCACGGGAAGCAUCUCAUCGAGGAUCUGAUCAUCGAAUCCUCCAAGUUCCCCGCGGCUCAGCCCCCGGACCCCAACCAGCCUGCCAAGAUCGAGACCGACUACUGGCCCUGCCCCCCCUCCCUGGCUGUCGUGGAGACGGAGUGGAGGCGGCGGAUGGCCUCCAAGCGAGGCGAGGAGGAGGAGGAGGAUCUGACGGAGGAGAUGAAGAACCUGCGGGAGCUGCAGAGGCAGGAGCUCAGCAAGGUCACCUCCAACCUGGGGAAGCUGAUCCUGAAGGAGGAGAUGGAGAAAUCCCUUCCCAUCCGCAGGAAAACUCGCUCCCUGCCCGACCGGACCCCCUUCCACUCCUCCCUGCACUCCAGCAGCUACAAGAGCUCCUCGCUGCCUGCCUCUGGCAGAAGCACCCUCACCCGGCUGCAGUCAGCAGAGUUCAACUCUGCAGGCAGCGAGAAGAGCAGCCCAGGCAUGCAGAAUGGUCAGCGUGGGCGCAUGGACAGAGGCAACUCCCUGCCCAGCAUGCUGGAGCAGAAGAUCUACCCCUACGAGAUGCUGAUGGUGACCAACCGAGGCCGUGUGAAGCUCCCUCCCGGUGUGGACAGGACCAGACUGGAGAGGCACCUCUCCCCCGAGGACUUCCUGCGCGUCUUCGAGAUGCCCCCCGAGGAGUUCAGCAAGUUGGCCCUCUGGAAGCGCAACGAGCUGAAGAAGAAAGCCUUCCUCUUCUGACUCCUCCUCCUCCUCAGCCCCCGGCUCAGCCCCUGUCACGCCGUCUAGACCCCUCCCUCCCCCCUGCCUUUUUUUUCCCCUCUCCCAAAGCCCACUCCCUCCUCCCCUCCCUCCCCCCAGCUCUGCUCCUCCCCUCGCUCCUCUUGUAGGCAAAGGGCUCGGGGUGAGGGGGGGAAGGUGAGGGGGGGGCUCAAAGCUGCCCUUCCCCCACUCAGCCAUGGGGCUGGGGGCAAAUCCUGCCCCGCAGUGGGCACGGUUCAGCUCGGAGGGGAGGUGUUGAGGGGGAGGUCUGUGCUGUGUGCCCCCUCCCCUGCUCUCCCCACACCCCAGCCAUGCUGCCUGGAGGGGGGAGCUGCUUUCAGUUGGCAGUGGAGAGAUUUCCCUCCUCCCUGGGGGGGGACACCCAGCCCCCCCCGGGCUGCCUCUCUGUGCCCUCACACCUUCACCCCACCAUGUGGGAAGAGCCUGGAGGGGGGGAGCACCUCACUGCCAGGCUGGUGUGCCCCCAGCAUAACCAGGCCAGCAGCCCCCCCACUUUUAACACACAGAGAGCCCCCCUCUCUUUUAACACACACACAGAGCUCCCCCCUCGCCAGGCCCUCCUGUGCCAACAGCAAGGACCCCAAAGACUCCACUGCCAACACCUGCCUGGCACCAGGCUGGCAGAGGGCAGGGCUGGGAUGCUGGGGAAGAGCACGGG